GCGAGCAUGCAGCGCGCGUGUGAAAUGGUGGUGUCGCUGCUGCGACCGGACCGGCUGCAGCAGAAAUGCCCAUACCACGUGCUGAACGUGCAGAUACUGUCGCUACUGCAGAAGGAGGGCUUCAUCAGGGGGUUUGCCGUGAACGGCAGCAAAAUCGACAUUCUUCUCAAACAGUACCAGGGCGCUCCGGUGAUUCGCAAUAUUCGCGUCGUCUCUAAGCCUUCGCGGGCCAUAUGGCUGACGGCUGCCGAGCUGAAACACCGCACGCGCUUCAAUAGCGGACUGUGGGUGCUGCAGACGGCUUGUGGGGUGUUGAGUCACAGGGACUGCAUUCGGAUGGGUAUUGGGGGAAAGGUUCUGAUGGCAGUUAACAACGGCUACCAGCAUUUCUGCUAG